AAAUAAAUGAUGUCAAAAGUUGGAUUAGAGAGAAAGUCUCCCUCCAAGGUCUCCACUAAGCCUGUAAAGAGGCGUAAGAUAGGUGAGGACCAAGAAAAAGAAGUCACAAAGUCAGCGCCUAAGGCUCAGAAAGCAGCCCCAAAGAAGAGCAUGAAGAGAAAUAAGAAGGAAAAUAAGCAGGGAAUAGAUAUGACUGACUUUAAAGCCAUUCUCAGAAAGCCAAAGAGAAAUAUCACAUCUUAUGCAUUCUUCAUUAAAGAGAAAAAGAACGAGUUUAUUGCAGGAAGGUCAACCAACAAGAUAGCUACAGUCCUCAUGAAAGAGUUUGGACAGGAAUGGUCGAGUCUUACUAAAGAGCAGAAGGAACCUUACAACCAUCUAGCUAGACAAGACAAAGUGAGAUACGAAAAAGAAAUAAAGGAGUUCACAAAGAAGUGUGGAAGUCCAAAGAGGAUCAAAGAAUUGGAAAAUAAGAGACCAAAGAAAGCCUUAUCAUCAUACAUGAUCUUCGUUAGAGAAACAAGAGCGAAGGUGUGUGAACAAUAUCCCGAAAUGCAUGCUCUAGAGGUCAUGAAGAAGGUCGGCCAGCUCUGGCAGAAGCUUGAUUCUAUCAAUAAAAAGAGAUUUGAUGACCAAGCCCAGGUUGACAAGCAGAGGUUCCUGAAAGAAUUGGAAUUUUUCCAGAAAGAACUUGAUUCAAAAGAUCUUGAAGAGAAAAGUAAAUUGCCUGUUGAAGAAAAGGAAAACUCUGUUGAAAAAGGUAUUUCCGUAGUGUCAGAGCCUGAGCAAGUAUCUAAGACUGCAAAGUCAACCCCUAAAAGCAAUAAAAGUAUUCCAAAAGCCCUUCAAGAUAAUUGCAUCCAAGGCGCGUUCGGGAAAGUGAAGAAGUCAGAAUCUCAAGUUAAAAACAAUGAAAAAGAUAUCAAACCGGCCUCGUUAGCAGUUACAAAGGAUAAACGAGAUUUUAGCUGAAUUAUGGAUUCUCAGACUACGGCUGACCAAGUGCCUAGCCCAGAGCAACCUGAAACAAGAUACCACAACUUCAAACCGGUUGUUGGCUGUAAAGAGGAAGGAGAGGUCAUAAAGCUUAUUGAUGAAAACGAGACAAAGAAGAGUUGUCCCCCACCUUUGAAUAAGAUUGCAACCCAAUAUCAAAGAGAUUUUGAUGCGAAAGGACCACAGAUUGAAAAUGUUGAGAGAGAUAAAAGCAUCAUCAACGACACAACGCAGAUUAUGAACGGAGUGUUGGACUUUGAUUUUGGGAUAGAUGAGAGUAAUGAAAACUACCUGCCAUUUUUAAAUCAGCCAAGAGUUGCAUACUCUAGCAAGUCAGAUAGAAAUUUUGACAAGUAUUUAGACUGGAUUGUUGAAAGUUCUUUCAAGAAUUUCUUCUAAAUUACAAAUCAAGCAGGCCUUAGCCUCUAAUUUAGUUUAUAUUUUUGUUCCCAUUUAUAACAUUCAC